CAUAAGGUUUAGAUUAGUAAUGGAGAAGAGAAAGAAGCAAUCUAAUGUCUAAAUUAGAAGAGAGCUAUCUUCAAUAGACUGAGAAGAGAUCUUGCCAUAGUAAAAGGAAACCAAAGACUGACAGGAAAAAACUGCAACGGAGUAAUGGGAGAUCUUUAAAGAAGAGAUGAUUCAGGAGAAGAGAAGCCAUAACACCAUCGAGAGGUCAAGGACAGGCAGAGGACCCCCCCAAAUCUCUUAAUUUUGAUGAGGUACAAAAUGGAUGCCUUGGAGCUGGAGUGCCACUACCCACCUUAGUCAGCCCGUUGUGGAGAGGGAAGGUCUCUGGAGAAGGAAACACGGUCACAUAAUACCCAAGAAAAGACCAACAGGAGGAGGGGUGGAGUGUACCUCCACAUGGAGUCAUCUGUCAGAUGGUCCCCAGGAAAAAGUCAAGGAAAGAGAGAUGGGGAUUCCUGGUGUGGAGUGUCGAUCAUGAUGCCAUGAGGGAUGGCCUGAUACGAGAGACUGAAACGUUGCUCAGUAACAGCCGAGUGAAGGAGAUCACUUCAGUAUUCAUCGGUGGGGGGACACCAAGCCUAGCCCGACCAUCCACCAUCGCCAGCAUCUUGGAGACUGUUGCCAGAGCAACCCACUUCCCUCACAACUUGGAGAUCAGCAUGGAGGCCAAUCCCACAUCAGCUGCAGCUUCCAGGCUGGCUGAGUUCAAGGCAGCCGGGAUAACACGACUUUCCCUUGGGAUCCAGGCUUUAUGUGACCAUGAUCUGAAGAUUCUGGGAAGAGACCACACGGCCCAAGAAGCCCUUUGGAGCCUGGAGGAGGCCAGCAAACUCUUUCCCGGUCAUACAUCUGUUGACAUCAUAUUUGGGCGCCCAGGCCAGAAUGUGGAAUCAUGGAAGGAGGAGCUGGAGGAGCUGCUAGCACUGUGUGACCAUCAUGUGUCGCUCUAUCAGCUGACAUUAGAGAGGGGGACAGCUCUUUACAAGCAGGUCCAGGAGAAGGUUCUGAGAAUGCCAGAGCAAGAGGCAAUGGCACAGAUGUACCAGGCAGCAAGGAGCAUUCUGAGGAAGGCAGGAUUCCUUCAAUACGAAGUGUCAAACUUUGCUAAAAAUGGAGCUGUGUGUCUGCAUAACCUGGGCUAUUGGAGAGGAAGGCAGUAUCUCGGUGUGGGUCCAGGUGCUCAUGGCAGAUUUGUACCCUUGGGUGAGGGUAAAACACAGAGAGAAGCCAGGAUACAGACCCUGGAACCUAGUAACUGGCUCAGGGAGGUGAGACGGUUUGGUCAUGGAACCAGGAAGAGGGUGCAGCAGAGCAAGCUGGACAUAUUGGAGGAAUUACUGGUGAUGGGACUUCGAAUGAACGAGGGAAUCUCACACCAGUUGUGGUUGCAGUGUUCAUCUGGCUUCAGUCUACAGGAGGCACUUGGGGAUACAGCUGAAGUGAAGCAGUACCUGGAGGAGCAGCUGCUUGUUCUGGAUGACAGGGGGCUGCGGUGUUCGUGGGAAGGUCUGGCAUUACUUGACACUCUGCUGCCCACUCUUCUACACCAACUACAACUUUCCUACCAGAAGUCAGUCAAUCGCUCGCUGCCUUUGACUUGUUUUGUUCCUCAGGCAUCAGGAUCAACAGCAACAUCUCGCACUUAGAGAGAAAAACAAGUAAUAGAGAAAAAUAUCCUGAGGGGUUUCAUGGGAAAAGUUAGUUAGAGAAAGUGCGAGAGAAAACAGACACUGAGCCAAGAAGAUAUUAGUAACCAAAAGCUUGAUCAAAGGCAAAGGUUUUAAGGACAAACUUGGAGGAGAGCAAGAUAGAGUGGCAAAGAGGAUUUUGGAGGGAAUUCCAGAGCUCGGGGCCGAGGUAUCUGAAAGCAUAGCCACCAAACAAUCUGGGGGAUGCAUAGAGGCCAGGAUGAGGGGAAGGGAGAGAGUUGGUGGGAUGGGGAUGGGGAGCGGACUUGCAGAGAACAGAGAUAGAGAGGGGUGAGAACAUGGGGAACUUUGAACAUGAGGAUGAGCAUUUUAAAUUGCUUGGAGAAUGAAAAGCCAAUGAGUAGUGAGCCCAGGGGUGAAAGGAGAAUGGGAAUUGGUCAAAUAAGAUACAGGUGCCAGAGCUUUGGGAGUUUUUGCAGAUGGAUAGCAGGAGGUUGGGCAAUCCUGCAGGUGGUUGAGGUUUUCAGUGGCAGGUGGCUGUGGUGAUGGAGGAGGUACAUCAUGUCAAAUGCUGCAAACAGGUUCAAGAUGAGGAAUAAUGCACCACGGUCAUGUACAUGGGAAUGCCCUCAUCUCGUCUCUGUCGGUACCGCAUUCUGUAGGCUAUAUCAGUAGAACAGAAACAGUAGCUGCACGUGCACUGUUUAAAUGCAGCAUUACUGGCUUUAUGUCAAAAACUCUGCAAACUUCAAUGGAUUAAACUAA